AUGGAUAGCGCGUGGCAGAUGCAAUGUGAUUCGGUGUUUGAGUCGUCGACGUCUGCGACGGUUUCGUCUGCACCGUCGCCGGAGCCUAGGGGUCAGGGCUAUAUCUCUGUCAGUGACUGUGAUUACUUCCUCAUUGUGUACGUUUCGGUGAUUACGAAGGGGAUGAAUGCAAGCCAUUGUCUUUAUCCGCAAGUUGCCCAUGGUUUAGAAUCAAAAUUUGUUGGCGGGAAGCAAGGCCUCUUUUACCCAAGCUUUCCCCAUUCAACCACCCAUGGAUCAAGCCAUGCCAAUGCUGGAAAUUCAUUUCUAUCUCUCCUUUAUGGUCCUCCAUCUUUGUUACAGGGUGAUUUCCGGGAGUUAUCUGAUCGCAAGCUUUACACCUCAUCUGGUGAUUGUACUCCUGCUAUUGGGAAUUCUGUCGUUGAUUCAAUAGAAAGUGGAACCGUCCCAUCAUCCAGUGGGGGGCUGAUAACAGAAAAUUUAAUUAAUUGUAAGCUGCAAAGCUAUGCAAACACUUCUCCUGAGAUUUCUUCCCGUGCAAUGGUUGGUCUGAGUAGUGACCAUAAUUUUGCCUUCCAUAAUAUUCAGAGUGGCAAAACUUCUACUCAGCCCACAGUUUCUCAGGGUGAGAAAGCUAGGGAGUUUUUUUCUUCUUCUGGGCAAUGCGGAGGUGCUAGCCCUGCAUCUAGUCUAAAUGUUUGCUGCUCAGAUAUUCAAAAUACACAACACAUGGCUUUGGAACGGUACACAUCUACGUAUGCAACUUCUUUUAUGAGUGGGUGUCCUCGUGUGUUCUGCAUGGGAAAAAGUGGCUAUCUUCUUCUUAGCAAUAUUGGGCUUCUUGGUAUUGUUUGCUCAUGCCAUUGUUGCCACAUGUCCGUCCUUAAGUUUUGUGAGCAUUCAGGGUUACAUGGUGUCAACCCAGGGGAUGCUGUUUGUAUGGAAAGUGGUGAGACCAUUUCACAAUGGCAGAAGCUAUACUUCUCGAAGUUUGGGCAACGAGAACACUGGAUGGUGAUACUUUUAUGAUGCUUUAGAUUAGGUCUCCAGGGAAUGAGAGUGAAUGGGACUGGCCAGAAGUAAUGUCAACAACAGGCAGUCUGAUGA